AUGGCACCGGCGGAUGUGAAGAGGAUAACGCCAUCGAUCGUCUGGAGGGACGAUUCUGAAACUGAAGGCCUCGCAGCACUCCUUCCCGGAAUCAACCUGUCAGCGUUCGUAAUCUAUUCGUUUUUGUCGCUAUGUUACGAGUAUCUUGGUGGUGAAAGCAACAUCAUGGCAGAAAUUCGUGGAAAACCGAUCAGGUGA